GGAGGCGCCGAGGAGCCGGGCGAUGGUGGGGAUCCCGGGCGGCUGCCAGUUUGCUGCUGAGAAGAGGGUGCCAGUGAUGCCUGGAUCGCCCGUGGAAGUGAAGAUACAGUCCAGGUCCUCUCCUCCCAACAUGCCACCGCUGCCACCUGUGAACCCUGGCGGCCCCCGGCCUGUGUCCUUCACCCCAACUGCACUGCCCAAUGGAAUAAAUCAUUCCCCCCCAACGCUGAAUGGGGCACCAUCCCCACCCCAGAGGUUUAGCAACGGUCCUUCCUCCUCCUCCUCCUCCUCACUGACGAACCAGCAGCUCCCGGCCACGUGCGGUGCCCGGCAGCUCAGCAAGCUGAAGCGCUUCCUGACUACCCUGCAGCAGUUCGGCAAUGACAUUUCGCCAGAGAUUGGGGAGAAGGUCCGGACCCUCGUCCUGGCACUAGUGAACUCAACGGUGACAAUCGAGGAAUUUCACUGCAAGCUCCAAGAGGCGACGAACUUCCCCCUCCGGCCGUUUGUGAUUCCCUUUCUGAAGGCCAACCUCCCGCUGCUGCAGAGAGAGCUGCUGCACUGCGCCCGGGCUGCCAAGCAGACGCCCUCCCAGUACCUGGCGCAGCACGAGCACAUCCUGCUGAACACAAACACCACGUCCCCUGCUGACUCCUCUGAGCUGCUGAUCGAGGUGAAUGGGAAUGGGAAGAGGCACAGUCCGGACAGAAGGGAAGACAGCAGCUUUGAGAGGGAGCCGCUGCCAACAGAGCCUCCGGCCAAGAGGGUGUGCACCAUCAGCCCUGCACCCCGGCACAGCCCUGCCCUGACAAUCCCCCUGAUGAAUCCCGGGGGGCAGUUCCACCCCACCCCACCACCCCUCCAGCACUACACCUUGGAAGAUAUCGCGACCUCCCACCUCUACAGGGACCCCAGCAAGAUGUUGGAGCACAGAGAGAUUCGGGACAGGCACGGCGCUCUUGGUUUGAAUGGAGGAUACCAGGAUGAGCUGGUGGACCACCGCUUAACAGAGAGAGAGUGGGCUGACGAGUGGAAGCAUCUUGAUCACGCACUGAACUGCAUCAUGGAGAUGGUGGAGAAGACCCGGCGCUCAAUGGCCGUGCUGCGGCGCUGUCAGGAGGCCGAUCGGGAAGAGCUCAACUACUGGAAGAGGCGGUGCAGCGAGACGGCAGAACCGCGGAAGGCGGGCAGUGAGCUCAUCUCCAGGCAGCACAGCCCCAGCAGCUCCGACUCCAUCAGCAGCGAUUCAUUGCGGGAGUUCAGCAACAGGUCGGGAACAGGCUACGUCACUGAAGAGAUAUGGAAAAAAGCUGAAGAAGCCGUGAAUGAGGUGAAGCGCCAGGCCAUGUCAGAGGUGCAGAAAGCGGUGGCGGAAGCCGAGCAGAAGGCAUUUGAGAUGAUUGCCUCCGAGAGGGCUCGGAUGGAGCAGACCAUCGCAGACGCCAAGCGCCAGGCCACCGAGGAUGCUUUCUUAGUGAUAAACGAACAGGAGGAGUCUACAGAGAGUUGCUGGAACUGCGGUCGCAAAGCGAGCGAGACAUGCAGCGGCUGCAACAUCGCCCGGUACUGCGGCUCCUUCUGCCAGCACAAGGACUGGGAGAGGCACCACCGAAUCUGUGGCCAAGGCCUGCACGGCCAGAGCAAGCCGCUGGCUCUGCCCACAGGCCGAUCGGCAGCCGCUGCUGCCAAGACCCUUGACGGUGUGCCCAGCCCGGCCCUCGAGAAGACUUCGGCGACCACCUCCCGGUCCUCCACCCCGGCAUCCGUGACAGCAAUAGAUACGAACGGACUCUAAAUGGGAAGUUUUGGUUCAGUCCAUUUGAUUAGUUCCCCUGGGGUUUUUUAAGCCAAAAGAACCCCCCACAGCAACU